AUGGUGGUAGCUGCCGCACACGCGGCGGCAGCUGCUGCUGCGCUCGCGGCAGCGGCUGCUGCUGUGCUCGUGGCGGUGGCUGCUGCGAGCGUGGUGGUGGCUGCUGCUCGUGUGUGUGUGGUGGCGCGCGCGCUCGCGGCUCCUGCUGCUGUGCGUGCUGCCUACUCGUGGCUGGAGGCCAGCGCGCGAAAGCCUGUGCACGCGCGCGUGCAUGCAGUAGCUGCUGCGCACGCGUUUGCCAAGGGCGGGGCACGCUAUGGGGCGUUACGAGGUUACGGGGCGUGCUACGGACAAGGCGGGCUACGAACGGGGCGAGGCGCGUUAUGGGGGGAGACGGGGCGCAUUUUCUUAGGCUAG